UCACUCCUUCCUUGAAAUUCGAGCUGCUCUCACCACCAUUGAACACAGGCGAGCUCCCACAUCGUUGCCUCCGCCAUUACUGCUUCUUCCUCGCACUCUCACCCACAGCUCCCCAAGAACCCACGAUCUCCGAUGGUGCGCGUCCGCCUUCCCAAGCGUCCGCCGACUCCCUCCGAGUCAGAGGACGACACUGACUCGUCGGAAUCGGAGACUGACUCGUCGGAGUCGGACCUCACGUUGCCGGUCGGCGCGGAGGCGGAGGUCCGCAGCGACGACCCCGGCUUCGUGGGCUCCUUCUACGAGGUCACCGUCACCGGCCACCUCGCCUCCCGCUACACGGUGGCCUACUCCACGCUGGUGGCCGAGGACGGGGGGCCGCUCGAGGAGACCGCGGCCGCCGACGACGUGCGGCCGCGCCCGCCGCGCGAGGGGAGGCGGGAGUUCGCCGUCCACGAGGCCGUCGAGGCGUUCCACAACGAGGGGUGGUGGGCUGGCGUCGUCUCCGCCGUUCCGCCGCCGGUGGCUGGCGCGCCCAGCGUGUACCAGGUCGCGUUCCCGACGUCGCGUGAGACCAUGGAGUUCGAGGUCGCGGCUCUCCGGCCGCACCGCGUGUUCCAAGCUGGCCGCUGGGUCCCUGCUGCGGAGGUGAAGGAUGGAAGUCCUCUGUUUCGUGAGGGAACCCAAGUUGAAGUGAGUCAGUCUGCAAAAAGAUUUGGUGAAUCCUGGAGUCCAGCUUCUGUUCUUAAAGUGAUUGGUGCUACUAAUUUCUUAGUACAGUACACGAAUAUCAGAGAAGAUCAAGUAGCCACCGAGAUCAUAGAUUCUCAGUAUAUUCGGCCAGCACCCAGCGACACCCAUAUGGACUCUAAGUACAUAGUUUCUCGAUCUUGUCAUGUGGAGGUAAUAUAUGAAGGUAGCUGGUGGCCUGGUGUUAUUCGGGAGGUUUUAGCUGGUAAUGGAAGUGACAACAAAUAUGUAGUGAAAUUGAAGAGUUGUGAGACGGACAUGGAGGACGUGGAAUUUUUGGAUGUGUUGAUAGUUGGAAUUACACAGCUGAGGCCGCAUUUUGACUGGGAUGGAAAAAAAUGGGUACGCCGCUUGACAGAGGAAUUUCUUAAUGGAACUAAGUUAACUUCUCGAAAAAGGCCAAGUUCUUCUGCCAUGUCAUUACACAAGGAAGUUGGUGAAUCCAGUGAUAAAGAUAAACAUUGUUCUUAUCGUGAAAAAAGGUUCAAGAAUGCAGAUGUAGUAUCAGAACCAACUUCUCCUACCUUGUUUGUUCGUAUUGAUGACUAUAAAAUCAUGCAUAGGUCCAGAUGUUCUUCGGAGGAAACAAUGAAACAACAAAAUGCAGUAGCGGCAUUAGGGUCUCAGUUGGCACCUCCUUUGCUACCAUCAAUGGCAGAAACUGCACAUUUAAGUGUUUCUUCACUUCCUCAAAGUAGUCAUCCUGAACAAGCAUCUUCUCAGAAGAUUAUCACACCCUCUCCACUGGUGCAUCAAAGUCCACAGUUACAGGCUUCACUAUUGGGAUCUUCUGGACAGCCAAGACCUCUCCCACAGGGCUCACUUUUUGGAGUGCCAUCACAUAACCCUCAAAUCCCAAAGAAAAGGACAGCUGCUAAAAGUAUUGAGGAAUCCAGAAAUACUGUACCUAUAUCUGAAAAUCUGGCCAACCUGAAAAAUGGUGCUUACGAUGCUGAACUCGGUUCUACUGUGACUGCUGGACGUGGAAUGGUUUCAGAAAUAAAUACAGGGAUUUGUGUUGACCCAACGAUGCCACUAAAGGACGCUGGAGGUUCACAGCACGUCAUGAAACAACAGGGUGGUGGUUCAGCCAUGGACGACUGGCUUCCAGAAUCCCUGGCAAUCGAGCAUGUUCCAACUGUGAAGACCACACAACCUUGUGCACAGAUGGACGUUAUGGAAAUUGUCAGUAAAGCGCCACAGUGACCACAUCU